AUGGCUUCAUUUGCGGUUCAUUAUUUCGUCAUUGGAUUGAUUUUAGCCAUUGUGGGCACAUUUUCUAUAAGCUACCUAAUUUCGACAUCAGAACAGCAUGCGUCUAUUAUCUUCCCAUAUAUAAGUGAUACUGGUGCUCUACCGCCUGAAAGCUGCGUAUUUGGUCAACUACUCAAUAUAUGUUCGUUUCUUUCUUUCGUAUGUAUUUAUUGUUGGUAUCUACAUGAGCGCAAUGUAAUAUACGCCCUUGAAGGACCUAACUCUCAUAUUGUUUUUGCACGUAUUACUUGCAUCGUUGGCUGUCUAAGCGCACUGGGGAUGUCAAUUGUGGCUAAUUUCCAGGAAGCAUCUUUAAUAGUUGUUCAUUUAAUCGGUGCAGUGAUGACUUUCGGACUGGGCAUCGUAUUUUCAGCGUUAGUCACCUAUUCUACACGUAGACAUUUGGAAUACAAUUUCAGGAUAUAUGUAUUCCGUCUGUUUUUAACUAUUUGUGGUUUUCUCGCGAAUCUGGGAGUGUUCAUUUUUGGGCACUUAUCUGGGGGAAUGCACGGUCCAUUCCCUAGAAAAUGGGAUCCAUCUGAAGUGGGUUUCAAAUAUCAUGCAUUGAGUAGCUUUUGCGAAUGGUUAAUGUCCUUCACAUUCUUACUGUUUUUCGCUUCUAUGAUAUUUGAACUGAGGAACUAUGAGUUGGAGUCGGUUAAAAUAAGGCGUAUAGUUAUUGCGCAUGAAAACAAUGAACAAACACCUCUCCUCGCUUAA